CUUUAACACAGUCCAAGAUUCCAAGACCUCAUCAACUCUGAGAUGUUGAGGACUAUUGCUUUUCGUUUUUAAACCACAUAAUCAUCCUGCAGCUCCAAAUUUUGCUCCGGCAUCCCCUAUCUUCAGAGCUCAACCGUUCAGCCGGCAAAUCGAGCUUCUGAUAGGCAACGAGCCGCGCAGCCUAGCACUUAGCUGCUUUAAAGAGUAACUCUACUAAUUAGUAGUUGCGAGAUUACUAUACUCAUCUUGCCAUAUGGCGGGAGAAGGAGCCCUGAAGCGGGCAGCCUCAAGAUCGAUCUCUCCUCCGCCUCUCAGAAGAAAGGCUGAGACACUGAAGAAGUCCGUGGCGACCUCAUUCUUCACACCUGUAUCACAACGCAAAACUGAGCCAACAAGUAUCUCGUGGAGGAUCGUCAACCACACAUUGAUUGUGGGAAAGUUUUCGUUGGGACCAGGCGAACCCCCCCCAAAAAGCUCUGGCAAGCCCAAGAUAGCUGCUUUUGACUUCGACUCUACUUUAGUUGCGACAGCCUCUGGGAAUACGUUUCCUAGAGAUUCUGCUGACUGGAAGUGGUGGAGGCAAAAUGUUCCCUCAAGGCUUCAGAAACUCAACGCAGACGGCUACCACGUUGUCAUCUUCACAAACCAGGGUAAAAUCAGUCUCAAAAAGGACAAAAAAGGAAAUGUCUCCAGUUACUUCAACAAGUUCAAGGAGAGAGUUUCGGCCGUGAUGAAACAGCUAAAUAUCCCGUUGAGUGUAUAUGCUGCAACUGAGCAUGAUGAGUACAGGAAGCCCAGGGCGGGGAUGUGGAAAGAAUUUCUCGAUGACUACGAUUUCGACGUAACUGGCAUUGAUUCCUCUCAGUCGAUAUUCGUCGGGGAUGCUGCCGGACGCCCAGGAGACCACUCCGCAGCCGAUCGGGGGUUCGCCGCCAACGCUAACAUGGUCUUCAAAACGCCGGAAGAGUUCUUCCUGGGUGCUGCACCGGAGCCAGUAGUGGCAUUCGAUCCAGCUGUAUACCUACAGAAUAACUCUGUUGACGAUGCAUUACCGCAGUUCUCAAAAACUAGUCCUCUAGAGCUUGUGAUAUUCUGUGGCAGUCCGGGUGCUGGGAAAUCAACCUUCUUUUGGGACUAUCUCAAGCCACUAGGUUAUGAGCGUGUGAAUCAGGACAUUCUGAAGAGCCGAGCGAAAUGCAUUAAAGUGGCCAAAGAGCACCUUGCCGCCCAAAAAUCUGUGGUUGUAGAUAACACAAAUGCCGAUGUAGAAACAAGGGCGCAGUGGAUCGGGGUCGCAAAGGAAUUUAAUGUGCCAAUUCGCUGUGUUUAUUUUACUGCACCCCCGGCGCUUUGCAAACAUAAUAACGCGGUCCGUGCCGCGAAUACAAGCCUUAACCCCGAAUCCCGCACCCUUCUUCCCGGAAUCGCUUUCGGCGACUUUGUCAAGCGCUUCAAGGAACCAUCUCUCGCUGAAGGGUUUCAGGACAUUCUUCGCGUGGACUUUCGGUUCCGUGGAGAUGAUGAUGCGAAGAAUCUUUGGAAGCACCAAAUGAUCCUCUGUACAACGUUGCUCAGCCCGGGUUCCGCACCUCCUUCCGCCUCCAUCGUUCGACCUAGGUACGUAGAAAAGCUUUCGAGCUAUGGCCUCCUUCUGGCUCUGCUCUGCAGUGCAGCGACGGAACAUGCUACUAGCGCUGACCUCCCCAUAGGACGAGGAGUGACCAGCUGUCAGACUCUGGACUUCGUUCCUACUCGUCGUGAUUUGACCGCAGCUUCAAAAGAGGUACAGGCGUCACAGGGUCCCAUCAUUUGA